CCCUCCGUCUCCCGGCCGCCAGACAACACACACGCACCCGCGCUCAUGCCCUCGCGCGGCCGGCCCCCCAGCCGGCUGUGUCCGGGGCGGGCCCCGCGCGGCGCACACAGCCGCGGGCGGCGCAGAGCGGGGCGCGCGCUGACGGUGCCGAGCGCUCGCCGGCUCCCGCGCCCCCGCCCGGAGGAGCGCCCGGCGGCCGGGCGGCGGCAGCGCAGGCGGCACAGCCCGCCCGGCACGCCCCGCCGGGCUCCGGGGAGGCGGUGCGGCCGCGGCUCCAGCGGCCGAGGGCGCCUCGGGCCGGGGCAGCCAGGCGGGUUCUGCGGAUCAGGAGCUGGAACACAGCACCUUCCCUUCCUCCCAGCCCUGCCUCCUUCUGCAGAAGGGAGCUCAAUAGAACUUUGUUGUUUCGCCUUUUACUCUGCAAGGAGAGAAGCAGACAAUGAGGAGAAAAUAAUGAAUGUCAAAGGGAAAGUGAUUCUAUCGAUGCUGGUCGUCUCGACUGUAAUCGUGGUAUUUUGGGAAUAUAUCAACAGCCCAGAAGGCUCUUUCUUGUGGAUAUAUCACUCGAAAAACCCAGAAGUUGGCGACAGCAGCAUUCAGAAGGGCUGGUGGUUCCCGAGCUGGCUUAACAAGGGGAUCCACAACUACCAAGAAGAAGACAUAGACAAAGAAAAGGAACAAAGAAAGGCAGACUACAAGAAGGAGCUCCAGCUAUCAGACUGGUUUAAUCCACAGAAGCGCCCAGAGGUCGUGACGGUGACUGGAUGGAAGGCACCAGUCGUGUGGGAAGGCACUUACGACAGAGCCAUCUUAGAAAACUAUUACGCCGAGCAGAAAAUAACUGUGGGUUUGACAGUUUUUGCUGUUGGAAGAUACAUUGAGCAUUACUUGGAGGAGUUCUUAACAUCUGCUAAUAGAUACUUCAUGGUUGGCCACCAAGUCAUAUUUUACAUUAUGGUAGACGAUGUCUCCAGGAUACCUUUGAUAGAGCUGGGUCCCCUACGUUCCUUCAAGGUGUUUGAGAUCAAUUCUGAGAACAGAUGGCAGGAUAUCAGCAUGAUGCGCAUGAAGACAAUCGGGGAGCACAUUGUGGCCCACAUCCAGCACGAAGUCGACUUUCUCUUCUGCAUGGAUGUGGACCAGGUCUUCCAAGACAGCUUUGGAGUAGAGACUCUUGGCCAGUCCGUGGCUCAACUGCAGGCCUGGUGGUACAAGGCAGAUCAUGACGAGUUCACCUACGAGAGGCGGAAGGAGUCUGCAGCAUACAUUCCCUUCGGCCAGGGGGAUUUUUAUUACCAUGCAGCCAUUUUUGGAGGAACACCCAGUCAGGUUCUAAACAUCACCCAAGAGUGCUUCAAGGGAAUCCUCCAGGACAAGAAAAAUGACAUAGAAGCCAAGUGGCAUGAUGAAAGCCACCUAAACAAGUAUUUCCUUCUCAACAAACCCACUAAAAUUUUAUCCCCAGAAUAUUGCUGGGAUUAUCACAUAGGCCUGCCUUCAGAUAUUAAGAUUGUCAAAGUAUCUUGGCAGACAAAAGAGUAUAAUUUGGUUAGAAAUAACAUCUGACUUUAAAUUGUGCCAGUAGGCUUCUGAAUUUGAGAGAAGAUAUUCUGCCUACUUCCUUAGAAAUGUAACAAUUUUAACUUAAAAAAAAAAAGCUGACAUAACACCAACACAGCAACUACAUACUGUUUCUCCUUGUAACUUUGAGCCUUGUAAUAAUAUGGGAGAAUGAACCUAUGGUAAUCAAGUGUUAAUUCCCAGUGAUUUCUUUUCUAUUCUGGGUUUGAGGGACAAUGCUAUCAACUGAACUAAAAAAAAAAGUAUCACAGGCAAAGAAGAAGCCAGAAACACUCUACAUGUGCCAGAUGAUAUAUACUAGAGAAUAGGAUGCUAAGGGAAGUGCUUGGCAACAAGAUAAAAUGGGGGUGGGGAUGGUUUUCCCCCUGAUUUCCGCAUCUUCCUGUCUGCUGGGUCUAGCAGCAUAGAGUUGCUUGCAGCAAAACUCUUAAGAACACAGUCUACCUUGGCAGUUCUCAAGUGGUUUCAAUGGCAAAUUGCUUCAGGCCAUUUGUAGUCCAUGUCCUUUUCUCAUCAGGAUGUUGUUUAGCUUCUGUGCAAAAGACUGGUCAGGGUUCCCAAAGGACAUCAUGGUGGUGAAUGUUUGGAAUCACAGGGAAUCUGAAUAAGCCAGUGGGUACUCAGCAAUGAAGUAAAAACAAAGCCUCAAACUCAUGGUGUGAGUUGGCCAUGAAAUAGCAAAGAGAGAGUGGGAAGAGAGGAGGCUGAUCACUGUGGUGCAAUGCCACCUCUGAGGGACACAGGGCAUGGGGUUGGCCUUGAAUGCAGUGUGGGGCCAGGCACUGAAUGGGAGGCAGUGUGGGUGGUCUCCAGCCUCCUCGACCCCAUGACCCCAGAGUAGCAGGGACUUGAAUAGAAAAUGCUUCUUGUUUUGCCCCAGUCACGUUGCAUCUGGCAGACUCUGCAACUUGUGUCUUCAGGUCACUGGCCAGAGAAAGUGGAUGGCGUCAGAGAUGGCAAGGCCUGCAGUGAACUAAAGACUCUUGCAAGGAGUUGCAUUUCCCAGACCUGUGCUUCAUGACGAUAGUCAGUCAUCCCUGACCUGUGCUUCAGGACAGUCAGUCAUCAGCAAGUCCCGCCACCACCUGCUUUAACCCUCAGGGUCCCUCAGCCCAUCAUGUUGCAAUUUGGAGGGCUGGCAUCAAGGAGUGGGCUGGAGGAAAAGCCCUCCCAUCAAGUUACCUCGGUUUCCCCUGCCCCAUCUGCGCUACUGAAGUGUAACAGCCGGAUGCAUAUAAUAAGUUGAUGUUACAUCAAAAGUAGAGGGGAAGGCAAUGGAGACCCAGUCCUCAGGACAGAAGAACAUUCAAUUCCCUUCUCUAAGAGAAGCUGUGACAUCCUGCCUAUUUAAAGUUAAGCAAUUCAUUGUAAAAAGGGUUAGGAGGCAAUAUUUACAUAUGCAGGUAUAUUUAUAUUUUGCUUGUGUUCCAGUUUAGGUUGUUUCCAUUUUGAAGUGAUUUAUUUCAAGAGUCAUUGCACUGGCUUGAUGUUCAGCACAAUGGCGUUCUUUGAUAAAAUGAAACCUAUAUUUUCUCUACCAUUUUACUGUGCCUCCUACUCUGCAGUCCUUGCCAAAAAAUCUCACAACCCUGCAAAAUGAAACAAAACUGACAAAAACCCUAAGGUGGACUUUAAAAAAGAGAGAGAGGCCACUUGUCAGUUGAGACUCUUGCUUCUCUAUGACUCAAGUUUUCUGAGACACAUUUGGAGCAGGGAGAGUUAAUAGUGAAAGUCCUAAACCAAAGAAAUGAGCUGUCUGAAGGAUUAGGAAAAAAGAGCUGAUCUUUACUUUGAGGGAAUCUUAAUUUUUUUUCAUUCACUUAAAUCUAAAUCCAAAAUGAAGAAGCUUAGGAUAUCACUAAUAGUUACUGUUAAAUAUUUAAAAAUAAUAAUAAAAUUCCAGAUUUAUAAUUGAAUAAAUUAUUUUCUCAGUAUAUGCCAGUCUGGUCUUGGAUUGUACAUUAUCUCCCAGAAAUGUUCAGAAUUGUCAGUUAUAGAAUUUUAAAUUAUUAGACUUCUGAAAGUUCUCAUGUCCUUCUAAAAAGGUGUCCAUUAUUACAAAGAUAGAAAGAACAUGAUGGCGAUUCCAAACUUUUAAAGCAGUAAGUCCUUAUAUAGAACUUUCCAAAAUGAUGCCCUGAAGUGGUUAAAUUCCAGUAGAAGAACCAUCCAGAAAAGGCUUGCCCUGAAGCCCAGGGUGGGCACCAGGACAGAGGGAGAAAACAAUGCCAUAACCACUGGGAAUUAUUAGUUUUGACCUCUCGGCGUACAUCUGGCCAAGGGAGCCCCGGGAAAGGCUGGAUUUCCAGCAAGUCUGGGCAGGUGCAUUUGUGAUAAAGAUCAAAGGUGACCACGCUGAUGUACUGAGGUGCCCUGGAGGGACAGAAGGACAUGAUUCCCUCAUAGGAGAGAGUUAUUCCUAGUUUACAGAUGGGCAAAGUGAAGUUUAGAAAGGUUAGGACACCCAGCUGGGAAAUGGCUGAGUUGAAGCUCAAACCAGAGAAGCUGACAAGGAUAUAUGUGUUGACACUGCAUAGGGAGGGCCAUAUUUCAUAUCAAGAAAAAUACAAUUUCAUAGAAGAAUCCUAAAACGGGGCAUUUUUGGCAUAAGAAUUGAUAUUUUAAAAACUAGAUGUGUUCCCAGGCCCUGCUGUACCAUUUCCCACUUUUCAUGCACUAACCAUGCCCCAAAUGCAUUAAAUUAGUUAAAAUGGAUCAUGUAAAAAAAAUAAAUAAAAGACUGUGA